AGUCGCCCGGUGGCGGGCGGUGGGACGCACGGGGCCAGGGUCUAGGGAGGCACCCGCCAACGCCAUGGACCUGCUAUCUGCGCUGAGCCUAGGAGAGCUAGCGCUCAGCUUCUCGCGGGUGCCGCUCUUCCCAGUCUUCGACCUCAGCUACUUCAUCGUCUCCAUCAUUUACAUGAAGUAUGAGCCGGGAGCUGUGGAGCUGUCCCGGCAACACCCGGUGGCGUCCUGGCUGUGCGCCAUGUUGCACUGUUUCGGGAGUUACAUCCUGGCGGACUUGCUCCUCGGGGAACCCAUUAUUGACUACUUCAGCAACAGCUCUGGUAUCCUGCUGGCCUCUGCAGUGUGGUACUUGAUUUUCUUCUGUCCCUUGGACCUCUUCUACAAGUGCGUCUGCUUCUUGCCUGUGAAACUCAUCUUUGUGGCUAUGAAGGAGGUGGUGAGGGUCCGAAAGAUUGCCGUGGGCAUCCAUCACGCACACCACCACUACCACCAUGGGUGGUUCAUCAUGAUCGCCACUGGGUGGGUCAAAGGCUCUGGUGUCGCCCUCCUGUCCAACCUGGAACAGCUGCUUCGAGGAGUCUGGAAGCCAGAGACCAAUGAGAUCUUGCACAUGUCCUUCCCCACCAAGGCCAGCCUGUAUGGAGCGAUCCUGUUCACCCUGCAGCAAACCCGCUGGCUCCCUGUGUCCAAGGCCAGCCUCAUCUUCAUUUUCACCAUGUUCAUGGUGUCAUGUAAGGUGUUCCUGACGGCCACACACUCUCACAGUUCUCCAUUUGAUGUCCUGGAGGGUUACAUCUGCCCAGUGCUCUUUGGGACAGCUUGGGGAGGUGAUCAUCACCAUGACAACCAUGGGGCAUCACAUGGUGGCGGACUAGGCACCCAGCACUCGAGCCUGCCUGCCAAGGCCAGGGAGGAGCUGAGCGAAGGCUCCAGGAAGAAGAAGACCAAGAAGGCCGAGUAGGGGCAGCCCCAGGCAUCCACGGGGUGCUGGGGAGAAGGGUGUAGGCUCAGGGAACCUCAGAACUUAGGGGCACACAGGGCUCAGAGUUCCCCUCCACUGACCUCAACUUCCCCAGAUGCAAUUUGGACCCAUCAGCCACUUCCAGGGCUGAUGUGGUCCUGAGAUGUGAGGGUGGAGUUUUGUAGGAGCAAGAGACCCUGCUUUCUGCCAGAGCCUUCAUGACAUCACAGUCUUUGGGCUCACCCAGUCCUCAGCAGAAGCCCUGGCCAGUAGACUCUUGGUUUUCUUUCUUUGUUCUUUCAAAUUAUGUCUUGUAACCAAAAGAA